AACCAGACUCCACCGCGAAGGGCAGCUGUGACUCGGUCUGCAGACUGGAUUAUGCGCUUUUCUGAUUAUUCUAUUCACUACAGCAGUCUUUUGAAUAUCUUUUUGUAAUUCUAAACCGAUCAUCGUGCGGUGGUCUGCUGGCCAAUCAGCAUGUCAUUGCUGCACAGCUUAUGCCGCGCCUGCCUUUUUUUUGCCACGCACGCGGUUACUUGCUUUGCCUGUCAGCUGUUUACCACUACGCACACGACACGUAGUUCAGACAACUUCGUCCGCAGUGCUGCUCUUCUCCUCUCUCUGACUCACCCACCCGCCUCUUUGUUGUCACUGUUGAGCUGGCAUCUUCUAAGCCGUCGCUCGUCAGCCGGUCUCGCCCUGGCGUUAGCUCUGUUUUUACCCUCUGCCCUGUGCGCUCUUUAGGCUCUUUACUCUCCGCCGACCACCGGCUCCCGCUGGACCCUGUAGAGCCUAUUAUCAGACCUGUUUUCUUCUCAUUUCUAUUUAUUGACAAUUUUCUAUCAC